AUGUCGAGCCCGCUUCUAGACGUCUGGGAGGCUGCUGCUUCCCAGCCCUUUCAUCCUACCAUCGGAAAGGAUACGCAAUUCACCGUCGGCUUUGUACUGCUGGCUGCAUCCCUCGUCCUGACCACCAUCUUUGGCUUGAACCGAUCCCUCGUCAACCUGCCAAUUCUCGGGGUUCCGGCAUCACUGGCAUUCGGCUUCGGCGCUGUGUACAUGAUUUGCGCAGUCGGCGUAUACGUCUAG